AUGGCGCCGGCGAGACUACUAGAGCGGAACGUCCGUGUGCGGAGUCGGGUGGAGGACGAAGAUGAUGACGAUGUGGAGAAUGAGCUGCCAGAGGAUAAUUUGGACGAGGAUGAUGAUGACCUGGGUAGUGGUAGUGAGCAGGGCGAAGGCGCCGCCGGUGAUGGAAGCGAUCUGGAAGGUGAAGACGAUUCGGUGAACGGCGUCGACGUGCAGCAACAGAUCAGCAAUGUCUCGUUUGGUGUGCUCAGAAAGGCCCAAGAGACCCUCUCGCAGAAGCGGAAACGUGGAUCAGACGAGAUACCUGAGCAUGAUGACAAGCUAGAGGCACUGCGAAAACGACUUCGUCAAAUCAAGGAGCAGAAGUCAAAGGUCUCGUCAGAAAAGCAGCAAAGACCCGCCAGACAGCACGACGAUGCAGAUGCAAGCGACGAUGAGGACUCAGAUAGCGACUCUGCGCCCUCCGAAGACGGUGCAGCGACCAAGAGCCGAUCAUCCAAGCACGCACCAGCCGAGCAGACAUCACGACACCAAGUCACGCGCAAGCGAAACGUUAUCGAAGUCCCCAAACGAGCCAUCCGAGACCCACGCUUCGACGCUUUCAACAACCACUCUCUACAUCCCGGCAACAGCGAGAAAGCCUACGGCUUCCUAGACGACUACCAAAAGGACGAAAUCGCCGAGCUCCGUACCGCGAUGAAGAAGUCGCAAUCAGAAGACGACAAGGUGGCACUCCGGCGCAAGAUCAACAGUAUGGAGAAUAAGCUCAAAGCCAAGGCUACUCGCGAGCGAGAGCAGGAUGUGGUGCGGGCGCAUCGGAAGGAGGAGAGGGAGAAGGUGGAGCAGGGUAAGACGCCUUAUCAUCUUAAGAAGAAGGAGAUUAAAGAACGGGCGUUGGUGGAGAAGUUCAAGGGGAUGAAGGGGAAGGAGCGGGAGAAGGUUAUGGACAAGAGGAGGUUAAAGGAGAGUCAGAAGGAGAAGAAGCGGAUGCCUGGCGCGAGGAGAGUGGCGGGUUAA